AUGGUAUCCUUCAGACGUACCAAAAAUUUGGCAAAUGAUGGGCAGACACCAAUGUUUUUGUACACAAUUCUCAAACAACUGGAUCUCAGAUCGAUCGAUUGGAAUCAAGUGGCAAAUGCUCUUGAUAUAUCCAAUGGUCAUGCAGCACGAAUGCGAUACAGUCGAAUGAGGUCACAAUUUGAAGGUAUAUCCAACCAGCCAAAACCACCAAGGGCAGAGAAAGAGAAGGAUGAAGAAAACAAAUCUUUCAAGGAUAAAUCGAAAGGAAAACGACAGCUUCAGGAAGAAGAAAACGAGAGGCUUGCCAAUGAGCAGAACGUGAUGAGAAAUAGGAUCUCACAAGAUCAUUAUCAGAAGAAGAUCAGGCUUGAACCGUCCUCAUACAUGGAUGUGGUAUGGGCACCUUCUCUCAUGAACGCAACACACCAGGAUGCAAAUAUGAUUGCCUCUUAUCCAAUCAUCAAAGUCGAACCAUCAUACUCUAAAGAUCCAAGCCUCACCGCCCAAAGCGCCACCUCAUCUCUCAUCAAGAAGGAUCCUGAUUCGUCAACGACUACAUCCAGCCAACUCGUGACGUCCUCAACCACUACCAAACAGGAACCGGAUACAACCAUGCAUGAUCAUGAUCUCUCUGGCGUAAAUUCACCUCCCCUGAAGAAAGAAGCAAAUGCCUUCACUUCAGACUAUGCAACGCCAGUCAUGACUAGAUACAACAUUCCAACAACUGGCUACGGUUACCCGUUGUCCAGCACCUACGUGAAUACUCGGGACCCUGCCCAAUUCAAGAGCGUCUUCCCUGUUUCAAUGGGUAUGCCAUCUGUGUAUCAAAUGCCGCAAACCACAGUUGCUAGCACAUAUGUCCCAUUCGCCAAUCAACACCAAACCACUGCUCCCUGGACGCGACGAUUUGUCAAUCCCCAUGCCAUUACAGGUCCUCUUGCUGGCGAUGCUGAUGAUUUGAUGCUGAACCCCCAUGCCAACUCCUAUGAACAGCUAUUGAAUAUGUCUCUGGACAAUCGUCAAACACUACCUCCGAAUUUGCAGGUGCGAGAUUCAUCUCACGCAUGCAACGUCGGACAGCAGUCAAAUGUGAAUGCGGUACCAAGCACCCUCCAGAACGAGCAGGGGAUCAGUAGGGGUCUUGCAUCAAGCUCAGUUUCGACCGCGACACCGUGGACAUUGAGCAACGACAGCUACUUGGAUGCCACCACCGAAACUUCAACCCUCCCGCCCAGCAAUUCCAACAACAGCUCUGACUCAACUCUAUCCCGUCCUCCGAGCGCUGUUGGAGUACGCUCUACGCAAAGCAUUCUCGAAGAAGAUACUGAUACUGAUGCCGACGCUAAAAAUGACUCUGGUGCAAAAACAAGUGCAGAUCCAGGGGCACCUGCGACUAUUGCGGUUGAUGUCGAUGCUGAAACUAGUAUCAAGAGCAAGAAUGUUGUCAGGGAAUGUCAGGGGUAG